AUGCUGAUAAACUUCCUAGCAGAGCACAAAACUAUUUCUGUGAAUGGCUGCAUUGCCCAGAUGUUCUUCAUCAUCCUCUCAGGUUCUGAAAAACUUUUCAUUCUCUCAGCCAUAACAUAUGACCACUAUGUGGCCAUCUGUGACCCAUUGAAUUACAUGGAGAAAAUGAGAAAAGAGAUCUGUGUUCAGCUGGCGAGUGGCACAUGGGCAAUGGGUUUAUUUCAUGCCCUACUUACCACAGUUUUUACAUUGAAGUUGCACUUUUGUGGGCCCAAUCAAAUCAGCCAUUUCAGCUGUGAGUUCCCUCAUCUAUUACAGCUGUCCUGCACUGAAACCCUCACCAACCAAGUGGUGCUUCUCACUUCCACUAUGAUAUUUGGAUCAAGCUUCCUCUUCACCCUGAUCUCCUACAUUCAUGUCAUCACCACCAUCCUUAAGGUUCGCUCUGCUGAGGGCAGGCAUAAAACCUUCUCCACCUGCAGCUCCCACCUUAUUGUGGUUGGCUUAUUGUACAUGACAGUUUUUUUCCAGUAUACAAAACCCAGAUCAGUCUCCUCUUUGCUUCUGGAUGAAAUUCUCUCCCUCCAGUACAGCAUCUUGACCCCCAUGUUAAACCCCAUCACCCACAGCCUGAAAAACAGGGAGGUGUAA